UUGCUGCUUUCUCUCUCUUUUAUUCGCACCUCCUCUCGCUUCUUUCUUCUUUUUCUUAUUCCCACGGCCCCGCUCUUUCUUGGACCAAGCCCUAACUGUAACCCUAGGCCUAGCUAAGCUAACAAUUAUUUACCGUUCUAGGGUUUCGCGGGUUGCCCUCUUUCCCGGUUGUCGGUGAUUUCCCUCGAAAUCCCCGCGAUCCACUGCGAUCCAUUCGAAGAGCCGCUCGCAUCUCGCCGAUCUGACCUUCUUCGCAGCUGGAUUUCAUUACCAAAGAGUUUUCUUAAGUGGGUGGAUUCCUAAUUCGGCGGAGCAGAGGAAUUGGGUGCUUUUAUUUCGUGAUCUUUGGCUGGUUUUCUCGGUGAUCGGAGGUAGAUCGGAGUUUGGAAGGGUUUGAAGGGAUCAAAUGCCGGAAGAGGAUCUGGUCGAGCUUAAAUUUCGGCUCUACGAUGGAUCCGACAUCGGUCCGAUCCGGUAUUCGUCCUCCUCUACGAUUGCCAUGCUCAAAGAAAGAAUAAUCUCUGAGUGGCCGCGAGAUAAGAAGAUUAUACCAAAGGUGGCUAAUGAUGUGAAGCUGAUAAGUGCGGGGAAAAUUUUAGAAAACAACAAAACAAUUGCCCAGUGUAAACCACCUUUCGGUGAGCUUCCUGGGGGGGCUAUCACCAUGCAUGUUGUUGUACAACCAUCAUCUACUAAGACAAAAACAGAAAAGAAGGUUGAUGACUUGCCAAAGAAGACCACCUGUUCCUGCACCAUAUUGUAGAGUCAGGAGCUGCCUAUCUUGCUUGUGUUUGGCAUCAAGAGUACCGUUAUGUGCCAUUGGGUUAAUGGAGAAUAGGAGAACAUCAUGAUCACUUUUGGUAGUUCUGGUAUUGUCCUCGAGGAACCCAAUCCUCCCUGUAUUGUUGCCCGAAUGCUGUUGUGCCAAUUGGUAUUGGUGUAUGUUUUGUGGUAUUGUUGUGAACCAGGUUGAUGACAGAGGAAGAGAUGAUCACAGGUUCUAUAUAUGAAAUAGUUCGUCUCAGUGUAUUUGUGUUCAGACAUUUUAUUUUUCUUUAUUUUGAUCAUAUUGUGUAUAGUGUCUGCAUGAGCUGUGCAUGGAAGAGUUCCGUGACGUCCCUCCUCUCUGUCUGUGUGUUUCGUUAAGAACUGUUUGGAUUUGUAUUGCAUAUCAAGAAAAAUAUUCUU